UGGCCGCCGAUGCGCCUGGAGCCUGAAGCCUGAAGCUGAUGCAAAAGCCAGGAGGGCGCUGAGCCGCCUGAGCGGUAUGAGCGGGUCUGCGCACCGCGGGCCAGCAUCCUGAGAGUAGGAUCCGACAUUACGGAAAGGCGCCACCUCCCUGCUGCCCAUUCACGACUUGAUGUGCAUGAGGGCAUGAAACCGGCUCGCAUGAUCGCAUGGCUUGCAAUGGCUUGGGGGGUCUCGCGACCGCCCUGUUUCCAUAUGACAGGGCUUUGCUGGGCGGGACGCGUUCGGGCUGCUGAGAAGAGCACCCCCCGAUUAGUGUCAGGCACGACCGCGUCAAAGUCAAUGUUCCCGCCGCCCGCCUGCCUCCCCGUUCAUGCCGUCCUUCUCGGACCGCUCGACGGCUCCAUCAAAGCCUGUUAUUCGCUUUCCUUCUCGAGCUGUGCCUCGCGCGCGCUCGCCUCGCAACGGUCACGUCGGCGUGGAAAGCAUAUCCAUCGCCCCUCUCUGUUCUACUCUUUGUCUUGUCAUCGUCGUCCAUUGUCACACCGAUACUACUAUCCCCAUCACUUGUGUACUAUCAGCGGAUAGCACGUUAGGCUCCCCGCGCCCCGUCCGUUCCACCUGUCCCGCCGCCGGCAUUGGAGUUCAAGACGCGGGGUCGCGUGCCGCCACGUCUGCACGUCGCUUCAUCGCUCUUGAUCGCUUCACCGCCCCCUAU